GCAACCUUAGCCGUCAAUAUCACCUUCUUCGCCCUCACAUGGAUCACCGUCAGUCUCCGCGUGCUCGUGCGAGCGGGUAUGCUCCGGGCCUUUGGAUCCGACGACUGGACGAUGUUGAUCACUCAACUGCUCUUCACGGCAUAUCUCAUCGUUCAAUUGGGAGGCGUAUACUACGGCACCGGCGAGCAUCUGAGUGACUUGGUCCCCUGGAGGGCGGAGCGGGCAUUGCAGUAUUGGUACUUCUGCGAGAUCUUCUACGUCCUCUCCACCUGCCUCCUCAAAAUCUCCGUCUCCCUCUUCCUCCUCCGCGUCGCCACCCACCGCCUGCACAUCUUCAUCAUCCACACCAUAAUGGUCGUCUCCGCGCUCCUCGGCUUCACCUUUUUCUUCGUGCUCAUUUUCCAAUGCUACCCCGUCUCCGACUGGUGGUCCCUCGACCCGCUGCAGAAACACUGCAUCAACCCCACCGUCGUCAUCGGGUUGACCUACGCGGUCUCAGGACUGAACGUCAUCGCAGACUGGACGUUGGGGAUCUUGCCGAUUUUCGUGGUCCGAGAAUUGGACAUGUCGAAGAGGCAGAAGAGGUUGGUGGCGGGGAUUUUGAGCUUUGCGGCGGUGGGGAGUACGGCUACGAUCGUGCGGUUGCCGUACAUUGGCAGUUUGAAGGAGAGUUUUCUGGGGAGCAAUGGGAACUUUCUCUACAACACAGUCGGCGUAGCAAUCUGGACCACAGUAGAAGUCGGAAUCGGCAUCUCCGCCGGCUGUCUCGCGACCCUCCGUCCGCUCAUCCGC